CUAAGAGCAAACGGCUGAACGACUUGAAGGGAGAAGCCGAGCUGUCAAUGUAUUAAGGUUAUAUGAGACAUGAGUGGCACGGUUCAGCAGAUUACUCUGAAUCCAGGCGUCCCCUACUUCCUAAGAGUUGACUGGGCUGUGGACCUGGGUGCUGGAUUCACAUUAGCUCUUACUGACGGAAGCUCAGCGUGGAUCGGAGAAGUUUCAGAGGAUGAGGUGACAAGAGAAGCAAAUGAGAUGGGAGUCAUCAGGGAGAAAUAUGUUGAAGAUCUUCUUCAAGCUCUAACAAAAGGUGAAGAAAGAGUGGGAGGAAAACGAAAUGGCAAAGAGGAGUAUUCUUUUUGCCUCUCUUCAGAUCACAAACUUCUUUCAUAUCAGAAGAUCUGCAACGGCAUUUUGAUACACUUGGGCUCUGUAGAGCUUCAGCCAGCACCAGACUCUGUGGAGCUCAUCCGGGAGAUGAUCGGGAAGUCUCUGCAGCACAGAGCAGAUCUGGAGACAGAAAAUUCAAAGUUGUUAGAGGAGAACUGUACACUGAGACAGGAUCACCAGCGUAUACUGAAAGAGCUGGAGCAGCAGGUUAAGCAUAAGGAGACGUUAGAAAAGGAAAUGUACUCGCGUUUUGUCAUGGUGUUAAAUGAGAAGAAAGCGAAGAUCAGAGGAUUGCAAGCGACCGUCCAACAGCUCAGCCACACUGAUGACCAGCAAAAAGAGGAUGAAAGAAGACACAGUGAAGGUGAGGCCUCUCAGAGUGAAGACGGUGGACAUCCCUCUCAGGAGUCAACUAUCCUCAUAAAAGGUUGCAGUUUAGUGUCACAAGGCAUCCCUAUCCAUCAACAUUUUUCUGAUGAUGAAGAGAGUGAGACAGAAGAGACAGUUGCUUCAUAAACAGGCUCCUCUGAAGAGUGAUAACAUUCAUGAAUCAAUGGGAACACAGAUUCUUCACAUAAUCUGCAGUGUCUUUGGGAACUGUUUGCAUUACUGCAAAUAAAAUGGGAAUGGCAGGUAAUCCAGAAACAAAUGAUGCAUGUGGUUUUUCAUGAUUUGGAUUUACUUCCUGCCUGGCACUAAAAUAUUGCUGCCACUCAGGCUCUGUGCUGUUUAGGAAUGAAGAAUCAAGUUCAGAAAACUAACAAACAAAGGCUUCUUUGGUUGUGUUUUUUAUUUUUUGUCCUGAUUUUCUUUAUGUAUUCAAAUAAGAAUAAAUGCUGUGUGUUGCAUUUAAACACUGUAAACUAACACUUUGUUGAAGGUAAUUUAAACUUAAUCUUUUUUUCUUGUUGAGACAUGCCCUUUUAUUUUCUGGAAAUUUAUGACCAAAGCAACCUGGUUGUCUCCAUGGAGUGAUUGAUGUUGUUUCCUAUUGUCUUAAAACACCUUGCAUCUUUACUUCGGGGCCAAUGCACCAGCCUUCAGGUUCUUUAUCUCACCAUUCUGCCUUUGGCUUUUAGAUCCUCUUGCAGUCUUUUGUCAUUUUGAUGAUACCUUUUUGUCUGCGUAAAUCCACGGGUGGCCGCCUGGUUAAUCCUCCUGCAACACGUUCUUGCGGGUGCUGUAAUCCCCACAAAAAUGUUCCACUUUCUCCUCUGCACUCCGCAUGAAUUAGGUAUUUUACAAAGGAAAGUAGAGAGCUGUGUCAGAGGUUAAUUUACAGAUGAGUGCAGUACAAGAUGACGAUACAAAGUGGGGACAACGUGGAGGCCACUCUGAAUAUUUCGGUGGUUUUAUUCUAAAUUUUACUUUAUAGUUUGAUUUCACAUAACUUUUGUUUGUGUCAGCUUGUGCGCCAUUGUGAAAUCGACGAGAAGAAACAUGCUUGAAUUGUUGGAGGAGCUGGUGUGGCAGGUCGCUGUACUAUCUGGACAUGUAGGUGUAGUAAAAAAGGAGACAUCCCUUAUACAAUUCUUCUAAUGUCUUAGAACAAAAAACCUAUGAGGUCUUUGCCAAGUUCUGCAAUUGUUUAAUUAUUACCUCAGAGGUAGAAAAACACAAAAGUCUCUAAACUGUUUCAAAAAGAUCGACAGGCUGUUUGGCAAAAACUGAGUACAGUCUUAGAGCUUUCAUAUGAUUUGAAAGGUAAAGGAGCCACAAGGAGCCUCUUAUCAAAUGUAUUUGAUUUAUUAAUCAUCAACAAGUGUGGGCACCUCUGAAAACAGAAGUUUGUAUAGUCAGCAGCAUACAGCUGAGUGCAAAAGUUAGAAAAAUGUUUAUCUUUUGAACAAGAUUGUUGUUACAAUGUUCUAUAUUGCAAGUCAUGUAAAAUACCUUAGGAUUGUGGUAUUCAGUGGUUAUGUACAGAUAUCUCCUCAGUAAGUUUGGCAUUUAAAAACAACUUUUAAACCCCGAUGGCGCCUUUCCAAGGGCAAUUUAUAUCCUUCAACUGAACACGUGCUCAUGCAGCUGGAGGGGUUAAUGAUGUUCGAGAAAAAGCAACGGUGGCUGAGGCAGCCUUAAAUUAAGCAUCCAGUCUCUUACUUAUCAUCGUCAUUCACUUAUCGAGUGCACCUGUAGAAUUCCCAUCAUCCAGAGAAAUGACAGGAGCCUUCCUGUUUUUCCUGCCACAGAGUUGCAAUGAGACAGGCCCGUCUUUGUCUCAUGCUGGGCUGCUCAGGACUCGCCGCUCUCCACCUUGAAGUGUAAUGUCUGAAACAACUUGGCCUCAUAAAAACAGUUCUUGAAAACUGAAAAUGACAGCUCACUCACUAAGGUCUAUCAACAGGAUCACAAAAUGCAAGAAAUACAAGUCGUUCCUUUACAGAGUUCAUAAUAGGCCAUUUAUCACAGUUAUUGGUUUAUAUCAGAGUUAAACAUUUCCCCCUUUAAUUUUUGUUGGACUGGAUGCGUCUACCUCUGUAAUCUCCAGUUGGUUUCCUAUACAGUGGUCUAUCCUUCGAACCUUAUUGUCUGAAUCAGAUUCUGUGUAUUAACAUAUUUCUUAGCGCAUAAGACAGACACUGGUGCAUAUGAAAUAUGACCAUUUUGUGUGCACCAAAAUGCUCAUAUUGCUGCGGCUGCUGUCUUUUGCUUUACGCUAUGCCAUGAUGUAGCAUAUGAGUACUACUCAACCCUAUG